CACAUGGGUGAACUGAGUUAAGAGGCUGUUUGCUCCUCUUCCCCCGACGCGCAACUCACCUUCACGCAGCCGCCAAUGGCGAGAGAGAUUCGCCUGCAAAGUUUGCCGCUGCCCUCAAAGACCUGCGGAGGAGGUGGAGCAUUGGGCGCGGGUAGCAGAUAUAUAUAUAUAGAUAUCUGUAUAUAUAAGUCGCUCUCGUAGUACGAGAGAGAGAGGAAGGGUGGGUGGUGUGGAACAACGGGUGGAAGUUUGCACUUAUUUAUUAUUUUUUGUAUACCUAGGUGGGUUGUUGUCGUGUUUCUUUUCUUUCUUUUUUUACACUUUUUAUUUAAAAACUGUGAUUUCCAAUGAAAGCUGAAGUUGCUUUUCUAGAAAAUUAAAAUUUCCGUGCACUUUACUUGACAUUUUCAGCAGGUAAGAGGAGCUGUUUGUCUUGGGGGCUGAAUUAAUGGAUUGUGUUUACUGUUCUGCAAUCUGCCUGUGAACUGCUCCCCCCGUUUUAAAAAAACAAAAACAAAUAAAUUCUCUAGUUUUCUUUAAAAAAUAAGUGUUUGAUUUCACUCUCUUCCCCCCCCUCCCCCAGACUUUAAACUGCUAAUGGAUUGUAAAUAACACAUAGAUUGUUUUCUUCAAUACCUUGUGGUCUGAUGCAUAUCAAAUUUCUCCUGCUGCAGCUUUUCCAGUUUUGAGAAUUGUGUGCUGCUAUCUUUUUAUUGUCUAACGGCUUGUCAAUAAACUAUAUUUGCUUUUUUUUCUUCAGUUAACCCAGAGAGGUAAGCCCGCCUCUUGGUGGCAAGGACAAUUGUUCUUCAGAAUGGUGGCAACCAGCAGCUUAAACAUUAAAAAUUCUGCAUGUAUCUCUGAACUGAUACAGCAACGCUUUCAGCCUGCACCCGUGACUGGUGAGUGGGUUAAGAUGCUGGUGGUUAAUGCCACACUUACUAACUGAAUAAAACCCAGGUUCCAUUAGGCUGUGAUGCAAGAUCUGCAAUUGUGUUUUGGGGCUUGCAUGUAUACACACAGAGAGGUUCUUAGGCUACAAGUCUUCUGCAAAAAUAAUAAUAAUAAUAAUUCAUGCAGUUUGUUGGUUUAUGAACGACCCUAAAAUUGAACUUGGUGUCAGCUAGUGUGAACAGCUGGAGGAUAUAACACUCCCCCCACCCACCCAAUUUCAACUUCCAGAAAGAUCAAAAUGAUGAUGAGAUUCACACCGAAUUAAAAUUGUUUGUGGAUGCAUCAUGGAAAGUUAUGCAAAAUGUGUGUAGCAUGUGUGGAAUGGAUCUCAGACUUCGUUUCAAGAAGCAGCCCUGAGGUUUGGUCAUUCAACUGCAUGUUAAGCAGCAAAUCCCCCCCCCCCCCAUUUAGCCUGCAAGAACUGAACAGUGUACUAUUGUUAGGCCUUUGCAAAACAUUGCGCAACACUCUUAGCAACUUUUUGCUGUGUGUGCUGUGCCCAAAUUAUCACGCCAAACAAAGUAGUUGGAGACAAUCACAUCUUCAUGGGAAAAGCAUACUGUUUUCCUGACAGGAACAUGGGAAGCUUCCUUAUACUGAGGUCAUUGGUCCAGCUAGUUCAGUAUUAUCUACACUGACUGGAGAUGUCCUAUCUGGAGUUGCUGGGGCUCAAACCUGUGGCCUUCUGUAUGCAAAACAGAUGUUCUACCACUGAGCUAUAGCUUUGUGACAGCUCUGAAGAAAAAUUGUAUCCACAAAGGACUGGUGGACUUGUUAAUUUUGUUUCAGUAGGUUGCUUUCAAUGCCUUUAGUGAUUUUUCUCUCUUAAUGCUAGAACUUCGGGUCAUCGCAUGAAUCUGAAACAGACAAGAAGUACUUCUCUCCCCCCUCCCAGGGCAUAGUUACACAAUGGAAUUUGCUAGCACAAGAUGUGGGGGUGGUCACCACCAAUUUAGAUGGCCGUGAAAUGGAAUUUGAUAAAUUCAUGGAGAAUAAGGCUAUCUGGGACUACUACAAUGAUGGUUAUAUCCCCUGAAUAAUAGUCACUGGCUGAGGAGCAAUACUAGUGACUCAUUGUGCUCAUGUACUGCUUAGAAUAAUAAAACUGUAGAGUUGAAAGGGACCCUGAGGAUCAUUUAGUACAAUCCUCUGCAAUGCAGGAAUCUCAGCUAAAGACAGACAGAUGGUCAUCCAACCUCUGCUUAAAAACCUCCAAGGAAGGAGAGUCCACCACCUUUCUAAGGAGUCUGUUCCACUGUCAAAGAGCUCUUACCAUCAGAAGCUUCUUCCUGGUGUUUAGUCAGAAUCUCUUUUCUUGCAAUUUGAAUUCAUUGGUUCAGGUCCUACCCUCCGGAGCAGGAGAAAACAAGCUUGCUCCAUCUUCCAUGUGACAACCUUUGAGAUGUUUGAAGUUGACUAUCCUAUCUCCUUUCAGUCUCUUCUUUUACAGGCUAAACAUACCUAGCUCCUUCAACCAAUCUUGGGGUCCAGACCUUGGUGCCCUCCUCUAUGCACAUUCCAGCUUGUCAAUAUCCUUCUUAAACUAGAACUAGACACAUUACUCCAGGUGUGGUCUGACCAAGGCAGUAUAAAGUGGUACUGUUACUUUCCUUGAUUGGCACACCAUGCUUCUGUUGAUGCAUCCUAGAAUAGCAUUGCCCUUUUUGCUGCUGCAUCACACUGUUGACUCAUGUUAAGCUUGUGGUCUACUAAGGCCCCUCAAUCCUUCUCACAUGUAUUACUGGUAAGCCUGGUGUCCUGAAUCUUAUAUUUGUACAUCUGGUUCUUCCUGCAUAAGUGCAGAACCUUAUAUUUCUCCCUGUUGAAAUUCAUUUUGUUAGUUGGGGCCCAGGUCUUCAAUCUGUUAAGGUCAUCUUUAAUGCCAGUUCUGUCUUCUGCGGCACUUUGGCACCUGCACAUUUGAUGAGCAUCCCCUCAUUUCCUUCAUCCAAGUCAUUUAUGAAGACUUUGAACAACAACAGGCCCAAGACAGGACCCUGCGGCACCCCACUUGCCUCUUUUUCCAGAAUGAUGAGGAACUAUUAGUGAGCACUUUGGUCAGUCAACCAGCUACAAAUCCACCUUACUCACCCCACAUUUUACCAGAUUCUCUGCAAGAAUUUGCAGAAGACUUUGUCAAAAGCCUUACUGAAUUCAAGAUACACUAUGACCACAGCAUUCCCCUGAUCCACCCAGCUUGUUUGUAGACUUCCCAAAGCAUCUGAUUGUCCACUGUAGGAGACAUGUUGCUGUACUACAUGGACCAUUGGACUGAUCCAGGAGAGUUCACCAUAUAAACUGUUCUGAACUAACCACAACCAAUAGGUGCCAUUUUGCAAACCAGCAACAUGGCUGUUUUCACCAACUAUGGUGAAAAAUCAUACCUUUUUUUUUUUUUACACCAGCUGGUAGGACUGGUGCUUGGAAUGUGUCCUACCAAAAGAAAACUACACAAAAUUUUGCAGAGAACCUUUAACCCAAGGACUGGAGAAGUUAUUGCUUACCAAAAUAAUAAUGCCAUGAAAUUCAUUUUCUAAGCACUAUUUUUAUCACUAUGCAUCCUUAUAUGAAAGUCAAAAUGAAUAAGGUUGUGAUUUUAGCAGAGCUAUCAAACUAAUUCAAUAGUUUCCAGAUGAUUAGUAUCUGCGUUAUAUUUGACAUCUGCAGGCUAAGCACUUAUUGGAAGUAAAAGAGCUACCACUCAGCCCUUUCUUGCAACUCUACCUGAAAUAUUUCUAAAAGUUCCAUCCCCUUUUAAAACUAUCCUGCCACAAUCAAAAUAGCCCCAAGAAAAACAAGCAUGUUUACUGAUGAAAACUAAACCUCCUCCUCACCAGCUUAGUGACCGGAUAGAGCAACUGAAGCUUGCAUCCCUAAAUUUGCACAUAAAUAUUAGCAAUGUAUUGACAUAUACCUUUUAGCGAAACUGAAGCAUUCCUAUAGGUGAGAAAUAACUUUUCAUCCAACUGGACUCAGCAAAACAUUAAUUCAAAUUGAUUGCAGCCUUACAGUUUUGCUUGCUAUUCUCUUUGCCACAUAAAAAGAUGUGGUGAAAAUUGUGCCUAACUUUCAUCCAAUGUUUAAUUUAGAGAGGUAAACAAGUUGCUUCGUGUGUGUGUGUGUGUGUGUGUGUGUGUGUGUGUGUGAAGCAAUUUGGCUCAACUUCUGACAGCCUGCCCAAAUGUAAUCUAUUAAGAAAAGCAUGAUUGGGUCACUUGCUUAGGAGUCUUGUAUGUCAUCUCUGUGUGUUUUUCUACUAACAUCUUCUUCUGUUCCUUUUUAGUAAAUAAUCAAAUGUUUGUUAGUGGCAAAAGGGCCAUAUCCUGAUUGCAGUGCACGUCAUGACUCUUCUGUUGUAACCACUUUGUCAAGGGAAAGGCAAUUUAAUAAACUGUUAUUUCUGCAUGAAGUCAAAGUGGGGUUGCUUGUUGGCAGCAGAUACAGUAGACCUAGCUGCAAUUUUACAUUAGCUUGGGGGGACAACAAACACACUAUAUAUAAUAUCUGAAAUCUUGGCUUGCUGUAAUUAUUUGAUACUGCAGGUGGUGGCUGACUGGCAUCUUGCCUGGUAACUGAGAAUCUCUUUCCUCUUCUCCUAUCCUUUACAGAUUUUGACUACUGGGAUUAUGUAGUGCCCGAGCCCAACUUUAAUGAGAUGGUGUUUGAGGAACAGAAAUGUCAGAGUCUAGUUAGAAUGCUGGAGAGCUGCCUGUCUAAAUCAAAACAGACUAAACUGCGUUGCUCUAAGGUUCUAGUCCCUGAGAAGCUAACCAGGAGGAUAGCCCAAGACGUCUUGCGUCUCUCUUCCACCGAGCCUUGUGGUUUAAGGGGGUGUGUCAUUCACGUCAACUUAGAAACAGGAAAUGUGUGUAAAAAGCUGGAUAAGAUUGUCUAUGACCCCACUGUCGUUCCUACUUUUGAACUGACGCUGGUGUUCAAACAGGACUGCUGUUCGUGGCCGAGUUUCAGGGAUUUCUUCCCCAGAGCUUGCUUCACUUCCAGCAUCAAACGUACUCUGAUCCUGAGUCCUGGGUUUCGUCUGAUUAAGAAAAAAUUGUAUUCCUUGAUUGAAACAGUUGUUGAAGAAUGCUAAAACACACACACACACACACACAAACACCUGUUUUUAACAGUUUAAAUAACUGAGCCUGAAACCCUUAGAAAUAUGAUUUUAUUUUUAUUUUUUAAGAAGAUUGCGACUUUUGCACAGAUGCCCUCUAUUUAGGCUAGCUAAACCUCGGUAAAGCUACUUGGUACUGGGUAGAAUGAGAAGGAACACAGCUAUUGAUACUUGAAACAUUCCUUGAUCAGCACCAGAAAGUCCCAAUAGCCAACAUGAUUGCUGCUUAUUGCUAGCCGCUAUACUAAAUGUUCCCUGUUAACAAUUUGGCAUUCUUGACUCCCACCUUCCUUUUUUUUCUUAAGAAAAAAACUAAGUUCUCUAAAUUCAGCUUCUUUAAGAAGAACUAGGGGAAGUUAUCCUUUAUAGCCUUCAAAGAACAAAAAUAGCCGGCAGUGUCCUUUUGACAUAAAUACAUAAAUACAGGAGUUGGGAACCUUUGGGUCUCCGGGUGUUACUGAACUACAAAGGUCACCAUCCCUGGACAUUGGCCCAUAGUUGUCAAGAGUCCCUUAUUUGGCAGGACAGUCUCUUAUCCCAGCGCCAUGUCCCACUGCUGUCCCUUAUUGAUGAGGCUUCCUUUGGCUGCUGGCUGGGCUUUCUGCCUUUGGCUCGGAAGGGCUCAGAAUUUGAACAUACCUGUGCCCGGAAAAUCCCUUAUUUUGGCUGCUGAUCCCUUAUUUUCGAGGCUGCUGGUCCCUUAUUUUCAAAUCUGUAAGAUGACAGCUAUGCAUUGGCCAUGCUGGCUGGGGCUGAUGGGACUUGUAGUUCAGCAACCACUGUGUUAAUAGGAACCAUGCUUCCAAAUGUUGUUUGUAGCACCAAACACAGAGGUAGAAAGUAUUGGAAGGAGGUGGAACUAAAGUCUUCGUGGGGAACCUGUUCUUCAGCUGUUCCUGGGCUACAACGCCCAUCAUCCCGGGUCAUUGGCCAUUCUGGUUGAGGCUGAUGAAAACUGGAAUCCAACGACAACUGAUGUGCUACAGAUUCCCCAUCCUGGAAUGAAAAGUUAAGGCUUGGGUGGCAAAGCAACAGUAGCUUCAAUUUCAUCCUGCUAGUAUUUUGUGGGGGACUAACAAAAAUUAACAUAGUUCUGUCCUUACGGGAUCCUCCAGAUGGAAGGGUUUGUGUUAAAAUAGUUUCCCUAAAGUGUCAGUAACAACUGCACUGUAUUUCAAUUGAAACGUGGUGUAUUUUGAAUUCUCUAGAACUCCUGAAGAUGGCUUUUGGCACUAAAUGCUGCAUUUAAUUUUUACUCUGUCUCAUUGAAGAAGUGCUGGUGGUGUCCAUCGAUACUCCUGACCUACCUCACAUCUAUUUCUGAAAAAAGAGGGGGACGAUUGCUCUAGUACACAGUUGCCUUCCAUUUUUGGCGUGAAAGAACAACUCGCACAACCACUUCUUGGGCUUCCCUUCAGUGGUGGUGAUGUCUAAAACGAUUGCUGAUUUUCAAGUGACCACUUGAUCAUCUGAAAACCACAGCCGGUUGACUUUAUUAUGGUCCCACAAACGAUUCAUAGUUGACGGGUUCAGAAGGCUGCUUUACCACAGACUAGGAGGAACACUUUGCUUCUCCUUCAACAGGAUAUUUUAAAAAGGAGUACCCAAUCUGAUGUUCACUGUUGUUUCCCUCUUAGAGUUUCUUGGCUUAGCUAAGGGGAAAUCUACAUGGCCAUGGGGGCAAGAGAGGCCAGCUGAAGAUUUUAUUUUUUAUUUUUGCUGACUUGCCACCCAUGCGUACUCCAGACAUGAGCCAUCUAUGAUCCAAAGAGCAACAUAUAUGUGUGGUUCUUGGUAUCCUCGUCCCCAUAAUCCUUUUGUCAAGGAUGUGCCCCUACUUCAGCAGCAUUAGGAAAAUGUUCCUUAUUAAUUGUAAGGCUAUGAAAGGCUUCUUUCCCUUGAAAGUGCUAGGAUGGAGGUCUUUCCUCUUGGUCAUGCCAAACCUUCAGCUUUCGUCUCUUGCCGGGGCUUCAGCUAUUAAGUUGCCCAUUACUGUCCUUUCAGAAACCCAGUAAUCACAUUGAGGGUGGAGGGGGUGAGGUUUGCCACUCUUUUAGCCCCCAUUGAAUCAAAUUAGCUGCUUGCGUCAAGCAAAGGUAUUGCACUGAAUGUCUUUUUUUAAUGCCUCUUGGCUUUACACUCCUAUAGCUCACAGCGCUGAGAUUUAAGCGCUGUUCAUGCAGAUGGGCCAUGUUAACAUACCAGGAUUCGUGGCUUUCUUUGGAAAAAGCACUUCAUGAGGGACCAGAUCCUACCAUACAUAAACAUUGAGAAACAGGGAUAUUGAGAAAAGACUGUUGUAGUGGGAAUAGUAGGCAGCAUUGUCUAAUGCCACAGGAAUUUUUGUUUCUGCGUCUGUACUAGUUUAGCAUUUUGCUAAUAUGCAAUGAAAAAGGGGUGAUCUUGGAAGCUUCUACAGGUCACACUCCUGAUUUCCUUCAAAUGCUAUUAUUGGGGGGGCAAACUUCUAUGUACUUGGCAUAUAUUUCAGAAAGACUAAUAGACCUGGGCAGGGGGGUGGGAGUAUUGCAGAGAAAGGGGUGUCUCUGUUGCCUGAUAAGUUACAGAACACUAAAUUUUAAAUUGCUGACAUUGGAAUAAAAAUUGGCCAAUUUCUCUAUACCAGCUACUGAACUUCUGUCUUGUUGCUAUUAGGAGCAUUUUAAACUCACAAUGCACUUAAAACCGCUGUUAACCUUCUGGUGUUAAAUGGCCGCCAUUUGUAUGGGUGGAUGUUGCACUGAUGCAGAUGCCAGAAUUGUUUUGAAGUUGCAAAAUGUUUUUGGUUCUUGCACUGCCUUGUUGUUAUGGUCUUAGCAUUGAUCUUAAAGUGUUGGUUCCUAUGGAAGGAGAUGUAAGUCUGUCUUAUGAAUAAAGGUAUAUUUUUAAUUCUCA